GUAGAUUGACUCUGUUUUUCAGUUUCUGAUUGUGUUUGUUUUGGUUUGGUGAAGGUUAGUUACCUUCAGUAUGAUAAUACUAUGCUGGAGAACAAGCAAAAAGAGCUGAAGGGAUACAUAGCUUACUUCAGUCUGUGGAAACUUCCGUGAAUGCUUAUGAGGCUAUUGUAGACAUAAUGUAGGAGCCAUAUGCUUUUGGAAGGAAUAAAGUUCAAACAAAUGCUCAAUGGCCAUGAAUGUGGGAGCCAAUCACAAAGCUGUUCAUCAUGAAGAUGGCAAAAAGAUAACCAGAUGGGCAUGAAGGAAGAUAACAAUGAAGUACGUCACUUUGAAGACGAGGAUUUUAUCUCUUGAGCUUCUGCAGGGUUUGUUGGAAGGAGUUGGUCAUCCAUUUACUAGGAACUUCCAUUUUAUUGAUUCACUGAAAGCAUACCUAUCAAUCUAUCAUAUGCUUUGUUGCUAGCUUCAAUUUCGCCGUCCCCUAUCAUAUUACAGUAUGCAACUAGAAUUUUGUUGCGGUUCAGAGAAAGUCUCAAGGAUGGUUGAAAAGGUUUGCAAGGAUCAUCAGAUGCUUGUUGACAUAUUUGUGAACUAUGACUGCGAUCUUGAGGCACUGAACUUGUUUGAGCGGAUGAAUAUCUCAAGGGAUGCAAAAUGCAGAUCCAAUAUGGCUGUUGCGUCCCAGACUACUUCAAUAAAGGGUUCGUCUCUUCUGUGUCUUGUGAAUGUGCUUAAAUCACUCGUAGAUUGGGAAAAGUCAUGUGGAGAAUCAGAUAGAAUAAAAACAUUCAGUCUUUGGAAGGAGAUGCUUCAACUAAAGAGUGUUGAUGUGAAAAGCAGGCAAGAUGCAACCAUUAACUUUGAGAAGGCAAAAGCUCAUAAGUCUACAGUGGAAUCUGCCAUAUUUGAGGUGGAAUAAAGUGAUGUUGUAUUACUAAUACUUUUGUAUCUCAAGUGCAUUUUUAUAAAUGGAAUAAAGAGAGAAAACACCAUAAUUUUGUUGGUGGUUAUAUACUUUUUUGUUUGACGUACAAUGAAUGUAAUGCAGUUGUUAGAACAUA